AUGCCGGUCCCAACCUAUUUCCCAUCGCUGGCUUGCGUCUCAGGAGCAACAGCUGUCGCAUUCGGUGAGUGUUUUUGACUGAACCCUCUUCGCAGCGAGCUCACGAAGACACGCAAUCCUGCACAGGUGCUUUUGGCGCGCACGCUCUGCGUCCUCAUCUCAAUGCACAUCGUGAGUGCUCGACAGCAGUCAAUGAAGAAGAUCUUUCCGCACCAACCUUGCUCAGCCAUCUCACAAUUCUGACUGCCGCGCAGAGCAAGCAUCUUGGCAGACAGCCACGAUCUAUCACCUCGUGCACUCUGCCGCUUUGCUCAUCACUACCACGCUACCGAUCGCUCCGUCGGCGGCGCUCACCACCAGUGCUUGGUCAUUCGCGACCGGUAUCACACUGUUCUCGGGCUCUGUGAGUGCAUAUAGUUGGCCGAGUGUCCUUUUGCGAUGCUGCGUGUACUUACUUUUUGCUCACCGGCUCAGAUUUACGGGCUCUGUCUCACCAAGGAAGGUCAUCCAUCCCGUAAAAUCCUUGGGCCUGCCACACCCAUAGGAGGGUUGGCAUUUAUCGCUGGAUGGGUUGCCCUCGCCGUUGCGCAAAGAAGAGGGGCACCUAGGCUGCGGUGA